CUGCGCCCUCUUCCUGCUUGGGGAGGGGGCGGGGGGACACUGGAGCGAGUGGCGCCUCGGCAAGAUGGCGGUGUCUCUGUUAAGAUUAGCCAGCCGGCGAUGCCUCUGUGUUCGUCUCGGACCGAGACUCUCCACAGGGCACGUGGUCCCCAUGGCAACGACGGCAAAGGAGGAGAUGGCCCAGUUUUGGGAGAAGAACACCCGGUCCAACCGUCCUGUGUCCCCUCAUGUCACCAUCUACCACUGGUCCCUGCCCAUGAUGAUGUCUAUUUCUCACCGUGGCACAGGAGCUGCAAUGAGCCUAGGGGUGUCCCUCUUCGGCUUAAGCGCUCUGAUCCUCCCAGGACACUUUGCCGACCACUUGGAGCUGAUCAGGUCCCUUAGCCUGGGGCCUGCCCUCAUCUACUCUGCAAAGUUUGCCCUGGCUUUCCCCUUGACCUUCCACACCUGGAACGGAAUCAGGCAUCUAGCAUGGGACCUGGGCAAAGGAUUCAAAAUACCCCAGGUCUACCAGUCCGGAGUCCUCGUUCUUGUCCUGACAGUAUUGUCCUCCAUUGGGAUUGCAGCAAUGUGAAGCUCUGGCGGAGCAGUCCUUCUCUCGUCCUCUACCACUCCUGAAGUCCUGUUCUCUUCCAUCUCUUGAACGGUUUAGUUCAUCAAAAUCUCUGGAGCAGUAGAAGUUGAGGGGCAGCUUUUGGGCUAGGGAAACAGUCAGGGGUGGGGGCAAAUGGUUCACAAAUCUGCACAUAGUUUAAUAGUAAAUGGUAAUGAGGUGAUUCUUCCCUCCCUUCUCAGAUCCUCCCAGAUUAUUGUAGAACCACUCCUUUUUCUGUUUUUAUUUUAAUGUCCCACAUUAUCACCAGCCAGAGUUCAAGAAAUCCCCCCUCGCCCCCCCCCCGAAGUAAAACCUAGGGCUGGAUGCGCAAGACUGCAUAGAUGGCCAACAGCAGCUGAGUCCUGAUUGGCUGAGAAGCUGGCAUACCCACAAUGCACUGCUUGAGCCAUUGCUUUCCUCAGCCGCAUGCUUCUUUUUGUUGUUCUCUCCCCCCCCCCA